GCUUUUUCGCGGAAAACAUGUUUUUCCCCGUAGGAUGGCCGCGGGUUCUCAACACCUGCGAGCAGGGCAAAAUCAACGCUGUGGUGUGCAACAGAGACAAAAUUAUGUUCGCCGUUCUUACCGCGGACUCUCUUGUCAUCUGGUACUGCAAGCCCUGUGUACCAAUUGUAUUUAGCAGACGGUCUGCAAAUUCUUUGUGGCAACAUGGUGAGAACGUCUUGGUGCAAUGGAGACCAGACUCGAGUAUGCUGGUUAUUGCAACAUCGGACAGCUACCUGCUGUUUUACAAACUUUCAGACAACAGUGCGGAGGGCCGGGGACUUUACGAACAACGAGAUUCACCAGUUACUAGUUUGAAACGGGAUAGUGCAGAAUUAUUUAUUAAAGAAGUCAUUCCAUCUCUCAUCUUGAGUUUCGAAAAGUCGGCUUGGAUCGACGGUGGGAUCAGUUCAUUAGUUUGUAUACGAGAUGAGCUUAUGGUAGCGACCAAAACUAGCCACGUGGUACGCCAUAAAUGGGACGGCACUAUGAAUCGCGACUAUUCUUUAGAUUUGAGACGUAUACCGUUCAGUAUUGAUCAGCAAAUUUCCACAGUGGCUGUACCACUUACAGAGAAUAACAUUUAUGUUACUGAUAUUGAAUAUUCGCCUCUCGUUGGUGGUUUUGCUAUCGUGUUGAAUAAUGGCAAAGCUGCAUUUCUCACUGCUCAAUCUUUGAAAUUUGAUCCUAAUCAAGUACAAGGAAUCUGGGCUCAGGAUUUGGAUGAUGCUACAUGCGCUGCUGUUAAUCAUAAAUAUCGGCUAAUUGCCAUUGGUAGACAAAAUUCCGAAGGUGUUGUAUAUUAUGUUGAUGAGACAACUGGCGGUUUAGAGAUGUCGCAUACGUUGAGUCUAUCUUCCAAAGAUUACCCAGGUCGACCGGGUAGCGUUAAGUGUCUCAGAUGGACACCCGACAGUUGUGCAAUCGCUCUCGCUUGGGAAGGCGGCGGUUUAGCACUGUGGAGUACCUUUGGUGCCCUGUUGCUCUGUAGCUUGAAAUGGGACUACGGCCUACGCGUAGAUUUGACACACGAUAAUCCUUUGCAUAUCCAUACAAUGGAAUGGUCUGCGGAGGGCUAUCAGCUAUGGAUGCUGCGAGAAUCUCCAGGAUCUUUGGUUACCAACGAAAACGGCAAUAAAGCCACCAAUUUAAGUCGCUCUCUUAUUCAAUUGGAUUUCGCUAAAAGUCCUCUGACUAUCAACCCGUGCAUGGGCCAUCACGGACAUUUGUAUCUUCAAGGCGAGGAUAGACUAUAUUUAAAUUUAGGAGCCGGAUUAUCUUCGACCGCUUCGGGUUUUCAUCUUGCUGCCGAAAUGCCCAACGACAGUAUGCUUCAGACACUUGCCGGCUGCAAACAAUGGCUCGUUGUGCCUAUUCCGACUGCGUACAGCGGUUCCAAUUGGCCAAUUCGGUAUACUGCAAUAGACAGCGAAGGUUUGAGUCUUGCAGUGGCCGGUCGAACAGGAUUAGCACAUUAUUCCUUACCCUCGAGAAAAUGGAAGUUAUUCGGUAACGAGAGUCAAGAGCGGGACUUUAUAGUAACUGGAGGAUUGCUAUGGCAUAAAGGAUAUCUCAUAGCUAGCAGUUAUUCUAUAUUAGACGAUAAAGACGAGAUUAGAAUUUAUCCACGCGAUACUCGACUUGAUAAUAAUUAUGUCAAAAGUGUCAGGAUGCCCUCGCAGGUGCUAUUACUGAAUACGACGAAAGACAGACUUUUAACUUUCUGUGCCAAUGGUCAAAUUAGUAUCUAUGAUAUGGUGUUACAAAAUAGCGUAGAAGCCGGUGGUAUCGAAUUAACGAGGAUACAAACAGUGGACAUUAGUGGACUGUGCGUACAUCCCGCUUGCGUAGUUAGCGCCACUUUGACUUCGAUUCGCGCGGAGACUGCUGGCAGUCAUCCUCAUCCUGAGAGUCUUCUGUUGAAUGUCUCCGGACGCCUUCUCAUGGUUCAACGUGAACAUUCUACUGACAAUUCGGAAACUCUUUUCACAUGCGGCGCACCAACAGUAUUAGCGUCCUACGUCGAGAAUGUUUGGGUUCCAUCACGUUCAAGGAGGGAUAAGCCACAUUUAACCGAGGCUUUGUGGUUAUUUUGUGGGGCUCACGGCAUGCGAGUUUGGUUGCCUCUAUUCCGUAAUCAUCAGGAGAAAGCACAUGCUUUUAUGAGCAAGCGGAUCAUGCUACCAUUUCACUUGCGCAUUUACCCAUUGGCGAUACUCUUUGAAGACGCUAUUCUACUGGGAGCCGAAAACGAUACUGUGUUGUUCACGUCGGACACUAAUUCGCCUUUUUCACUGCCCUUCAAUUUAUUGGAGCUUACGAGUCAAGUAUAUUUACAUCAGAUUCUACGUCAAUUAAUACAUCGGAACUUAGGCUAUCACGCGUGGGAAAUAGCGCGUUCGUGCUCCGCGUUGCCAUAUUUCCCGCAUUCGUUGGAACUGUUGCUUCAUGAGGUCCUCGAAGAAGAAGCGACGAGCAAAGACCCUAUUCCAGAUGCUCAGUUACCGUCCGUCGUGGAAUUCAUCCGCGAAUUUCCCGGUGUUUGGGCCAGAGCCGUCGUACAAUGCGCUCGCAAGACCGAAAUCGCACUUUGGCCGUAUCUGUUCUCCGUAGCCGGUCCACCAAAGAAGCUAUUGCAAGAUUGUUUACAACGUCAGCAACUCGAUACCGCCGCUAGUUAUUUAAUUAUUCUACAAAAUUUAGAGCCAUCUUCCGUCAGUAGGCAGCACGCCACGUUACUGUUAGAUGCUGCGCUAGAACAAGGUAGAUGGGAACUAUCAAGGGAUCUUGUGAGAUUCCUUAGAGCAAUCGACCCAAAUGACGUGGAGUCACCACGUACAUCGUGGAGUGGUAGUGCGAAACUGGUAGGCCCUCCCCAGACUCCUCCUCUUUCUCCGCAUGAGGACGAUCUGGCCUUAGUCUUGGGUACUAUGCAGGUUUCGAGAAGCCGCAGUUACAGUACCACAGUUACGCCUAAAGUGCAAUCUGAGAAAGAUGUCGCGCCGUCUUCUAUGUUAGAGAAAACCCGUAACGUUGUUAUGAGACGAAAGAAAUCGGUUCCAACAGCAAAAUCUAGUGAGAAAACUGAAAAUAAGGAAGGAUCGGCAGAAGAGUUCUUCAUUGAUGUGAUCUUGCAACGUCAUGCCCGGCGGCUGCUGUCAGCUCGCCGCUUGAUCGAUUUGGGUAGAUUCGCAGCACGUCUUGACUUCCAUUUAGUGACGUGGUUCGCUCGAGAGCGUGAUAGAGCAGCAAGAAUCGAUGAUUAUGUAGGCACGUUAAAAGCAGUCCACGAAGACUUUGCAUUUCCAUAUCCGAUGCUUUCGUUGCCAACGCUGCAGAAAUUUCGGAGAUCUAGCCUCACUUCUUUACACUCCAUAAUAUCCGAUGACGAAACCUUGUCUCCGAACUUGAUCGUCGACGUACCUGACAGUGGAUAUACUAGUCUUCCAAGUGGUAGGCCACCGUAUACAACAUUGGUCUCACCCGUCGCUAGCUUAGAGACGCAAUUUCCAACCGCGGAAGCCAAAUUAACGCCGAAUCUGAUAAAUGAUGCCAAUAGUGUUCUUAGUGAUACUAGUACUAUCUGGAGAGACGAUGCAGAAUCUAUGGUUGGCUCUGUGUGUUGGGUGUCACCGGAGUCAGUGGGAUCUACAGAAAUCAAUCCAGCCUCAACUUCCGCACCAAUCGGUCGAGCAGAAGUACAGCUCAGGUAUUUACUACAGUUGUUUCUUGAAGGCAGUUGUCUAGGAUGGGCAGCGGUUGUAGCUACCGUCCUUCGAGAUGCAGCGGCCAUGGCUAGAACUGUCAGAACGGCACACGCACCAAUGCAAACUUUUGAUUCUAUAAUCAAUCUAAGAGAUGGAUUGCUUACUUUAACCAAAUGGUCUCAUUCGGAAUGUUUAGGAUAUCGUCCUUUUAUGUCAAACAUCCAAAGUCAGAUAUUGUUGUUGAAUCGACUGAUAAUAAUCAAGCAACAACAGGAACAGGAACAAAUACCAGAAAGUCCUUCCCCAAGUCCAGCUCCAUCCGCUAGCAGCAAUCAGCGCGGUACUCUCUCCCGUUCAAGACACUCUUCGAUCAGUCAUGCUUCCAAUACAGCUCCGCUCGAAGAGGACCGCCCGCACGAAUCACUCUUGACCGUCGAGGAGUCAGUAUUUCAUGGAAGUUACAAUAAUAAUCUCAAUGUCACGGAGGACACAUCGCCACAGAGCGCUUGCACAAUCUCUUAAAGGUGCUUCAUGAAAAACUAAGGCUGUCCACUUCAUUAUGUAUUUUACAUACCAAAUGGAUUUUUUCAGGUUA